AGAGCAACUGUUGUCUCCUUCCUCCUCCACCGCGUCCUUUUCUUCUGCCCUCUCCCCCUCCCCUUUUUUUUUUGCAAUACACCGCUUUUAGUUGAGCACUGCUGAAAACAGGCAUCAACCUAUCAUACGUUCUCCUUCCCUUCACCUGCAAACCAUGGCAAGAAUUCUCCCUCAGAUUUGUGUCCAAGCACGAUGGCCUCUCCCGGUGAUACUCCUGUAUUUUGCUCCUCUGUUGCUGAUGGAUGGUUGGUGUCAUGCAGCUCUCUCUGGCCCAGAGUCAGACUCAUGUUCCACCUUAGUCCAGAACCGUUUCUUCGGUUUCUUCCUGUCAUCAUCAGUGUUCCCCAGCAUGCCUUGCUCCUGGACCCUGCAGAACCCUGAUCCGAGGCGCUACACAAUCUUCAUUAAGGUGACCAAACCUACAGAGGACUGCGUGCCAUUACAGCUUCGCACUUUCCAGUACGAAUCUUUCCUAGAGACCACACGCACUUACCUGGGCAUGGAGAGCUUCGACGAGGUGGUGAAGCUUUGUGAUUCCUCUGCUCCGUUGGCCUUCCUGGAGGCUGGAAAGCAGUUCCUCCAAAUGAGGAAGGGACCUCUCAAGGUGGCCACAGCCAUUUCCACUGGUGACAGCGAUUUCAAAACAGAAUACCUGGUAGUGGGCAAGCGCAACCCCAGCAUGGCAGCCUGUCAGAUGCUGUGCCAGUGGCUGGAGGACUGUCUGGCCUCCAGCACAUCUAACAGGCCCUGUGGCAUCAUGCAGACGCCAUGUUUGUGCUGGGAGCCACCACCACAGCUCAGUGAGGGGGAUAGCUGUUAUCACAAUGGAGUUUACCUGGAAAACUGUUUACCCAGCGUGAAAGACGGUGGAAAAGAAGCUGAGAUAAAUGCCACCAUCGCUGCCUCCCCAUCUUUCCCUCCCCAGGCGGAUAGUGGGCUGAUACUGAGCCAGUCGUGGGAAGCCAGCCAAGCAGGCAUGUUGCGGUGGGUAUCUCCUGCCUGA